AUGCAGCCCGUCCCCGCAGGUUACCCCAUAGAACAACUGUCUGGACCUCUGAUCAUUGCCUAUCUCUUACACUGGGGACUCUUCGGGACUCUUUCUGUGCAACUCUAUCUGUACUAUCUAGCAUUUCCGAAAGAUAGACGAUCUACAAAAUGCCUUGUCUAUGGAAUCUACAUUGUCGAGUUUGUUCAGACGAUGCUCGUUACCCAUGAUGCCUUUGCAGAGUUUGGGUAUGGCUUCGGCGACAUCGAUGCCCUGACUGGAAUGUAUUUUAAUUGGCUAACUGUCCCUAUCAUGAGCGCUGUCGUUGCUGGUGUCGGACAGGUCUUUUAUGCAUACCGAAUCUUCAUAUUGUCAAGAUCACGAACCGUCCCGAUAUUCAUCGCCUGUGUGUCCUUGACCAGCUCUGUGGCAGCUAUAAUCACAGGCGCCUACUGUUUUCAAACAGGGAACAUCACCGACACCCAUAACACGCGGUUGUCUAUUGCCAUCGGAAUUUGGGGCGGAGCAGCAGCCUUGUGUGAUAUUCUCAUCGCUAUCUGCAUGACUUAUUACCUUAUGCGCGGUGAUGCUGAUGUCCGUCAGACACAAAUUCUAGUCACCAAGCUAAUUCGUCUCAUCAUUGAAACGGGAACUGUGACAGCUGCUGCUGCUCUAGUCAACCUUAUCCUCUUUUUUUUCCUUCCCUCAUCAGGCAUUGGACGGGACAACAGCCUUCGUCAUCCCCAAGCUGUAUGCUAA